GGUCUUGGUUGGCGCUCCCAAGGCAGAAUCUAAAUACAGCACCUCUGUUCAGUCCCCAGGAGCAGUGUUUAAAUGUCGAGUCCAUACCAACCCUGACAGAAGAUGCACUGAGCUGGAUAUGGGGCGAGGCAACUCUCGGGGCAUGCUCUGUGGCAAGACCUGCAAAGAAGACAGAGAUGAUGAAUGGAUGGGCGUGAGCCUGGCGAGACAGCCGAAGGCUGGCGGAAGCGUGCUGGCAUGUGCGCACCGCUGGAAGAACAUCUACUACGAGACGGAGUACAUCCUGCCUCAUGGCUUCUGCAACAUCAUUCCCCCCAACCUGCAGCCCAAGGGGAAGUACAAAAAGAAGUACGGGGAGGAGCACGGCUCGUGCCAGGCAGGGAUUGCGGGCUUCUUCACCGAGGAGCUGGUCAUCAUGGGUGCACCAGGAUCUUAUUAUUGGACAGGAACUGUCAAAGUGCUGAAUCUCACUGACAACACAUACUACAAGCUAAACGAUGAUGCCAUGAUAGGCAGGCGGUACACAUACCUCGGAUAUGCAGUGACAGCAGGUCAUUUCUCCCAGCCGACUACCACGGACGUUGUAGGAGGAGCUCCCCAGGAUGGAGGCAUCGGAAAGGUUUAUAUAUUCAGAACAGACAGACUAUCAGGCUCUCUGGUAAAGAUUUUUCAGGCUUCAGGAAAAAAGAUGGGCUCUUACUUUGGCUCCUCCUUAUGUGCAGUUGAUCUGAACUCUGACGGGUUGUCAGACCUGCUGGUCGGAGCACCUAUGUUUUCUGAGAUCAGAGAUGAAGGUCAAGUCACGGUCUAUAUCAACAGAGGAAACGGAGUGCUGGAAGAGCAGCUUAUCCUGGAUGGUGACAGCGCCUACAACGCGCACUUUGGGGAGAGCAUGGCUGCGCUUGGUGACAUUGAUGACGAUGGAUUCCCAGAUGUUGCCAUUGGAGCGCCUAAGGAGGAUAACUACAUAGGAGCAGUGUACAUUUACCAUGGGGAUGCCAAUGGUAUUGUACCUCAGUACUCUAUGAAGCUGUCCGGGCAAACAAUAAACCCAAUGCUGAGGAUGUUUGGCCAGUCCAUAUCAGGGGGAGUCGAUAUGGAUAGCAAUGGUUAUCCAGAUAUGACUGUUGGAGCCUUCUUGUCAGACAAUGUGGUACUUCUGAGAUCCAGGCCUGUCAUUACCAUGGAUAUCUCCAUUUUCCUGCCUGCAUCCAUCAAUAUCACAGCUCCUCAGUGCCAUGAUGGCUUGCAGCCAGUGAACUGCCUCAAUGUCACGGCAUGCUUCCGCUUCAGUGGCAAGCGUGUUCCUGGAGAAAUAGGUUUGAAUUAUAACUUGACUGCUGAUGUGGCAAAGAAGGAAAAAAGCCAGCAACCCAGAGUUUAUUUUGUGACUUCUGGAGAGACAGCGGGGCAGAUCACAGAGAAGUUAGAACUGACAUACAUGCAGGAAAAGUGCGAGCAUUACCUAGCAUACGUCAAG